GAGGACAUGACAAUGAACCUUCUCAGUGACUGCUUUCACCCUCUGGGACAUUCUUCCAUAGGCUCCAUACUUGUUUUUCUUUUUGCUGGCAGAUGAAAACAUUUAGCCAAAUUUUAAUAUGUAUGCCGUGGUGGCUUUUUAUUGGGCAUGUUUUAUAUAUCUUUUAACUUGUAUAUGUUUCAAUUAGUUUUAAAAUGUAUUGUGAUAUGAUAGUAACUGUUUUUAGAUUGGGUAAUAAAUAUUUUUAAUAUUAAUUUUGGAUGCCACCUUGGCUCCCACUCUGGGAGGUAAGCAGCAUAUUAAAUAUAUGAAUAAAUAAAUACAUUGUAUCAAAAUGAAUUUAGAAACUGCUCAGGUUUUUUAUCUUUACAUCUCAGGCAAGAUGAUAUAUCCUUCCAUUGUUAUAUUUAAUCAAGCAUUUAGGCUUAAACAUUUUAUUUUCCAGAUGUUUUAACUCUUAUAUUUCUGCUUAACCUUUCAUGAUAACAGAUGUUGAAGAUGAUAUUUCGAAGUGGGUGGAUCAAAAUCAUUCUAAGCAGAGACAAAAACAAAAAAUUUCUUCGACAAUGACACAAACACUUUCUGCACUCAACUGAGGCAGCAACAGCAAACAUGAAGAAUGGAUUUUGCUCCUAAGAGAAUCUGGAAUUAUUGGUGGAGUCAGUCUGUGCAUUGAUUCAUUGACUGUAAUUGUAACAUCGAAUUUAAGAUUUGAAAUCAUGACAUGGAACAAUGAGACCAAUGUCAAUGAGUUCAUUCUUUUGGCAUUUUCAAACCUAGGUGACCUUCAAAUCCUUCUUUUCAUGGUGUUUCUUCUUGUUUAUAUGACAACAGUGGUAGUAAAUUUAAUCACAAUUUUGACAAUAAUUGUGGACAGCACUUUGCACAGUCCCAUGCAUUUCUUCCUCCAAAAUCUUUCUUUUGCAGAAGUUGGCUUGACUUCGACUAUAAUCCCCAAGCUGCUUGUGAAUCUUCUCUCUGAAAACAAGGUCAUUUCUUUAUCAGGAUGCAGGGCUCAGACAUAUUUUGUCUUCUUCUUUGGAUCAAUGCAGUGCUUCAUAUUAAUUGUCAUGGCAUAUGACCGUUUUCUUGCCAUAUGCAACCCUCUUCAUUAUGUGGCCAAAAUGAACAGGAAAUCCUGUCUACUGCUGGUGGCAACUGUCUGGGCUUCAGUAAUUCCCAUUGCAACUGUACAGAGCACAUGGUUGCUCAGCUUCCCAUUUUGCAAAUCCAAUGCAAUUUAUCAUUUUUUCUGUGAUACUCCACCAAUUCUACAGUUAGCCUGUGAAGACACUUCCUGGUUUGAGACAUUCGCCCUCAUAGAAAGCUUUAUACUUUUUAUCUUCCCCUUCCUAUUGAUCCUGGUCUCCUACAUUCGUAUUAUCAGCACCAUUUUGGGAAUGACUUCAGUGGAAAGGAGACGGAAAGCUUUCUCCACUUGUUCAUCACACAUUAUUGUUGUGACACUGUUUUUUGGGUCUGCAAGUCUGACACAUUUUCAUCCUCAAUCAAAUUAUGGUCUAGGGAACCAACAUUUGCUUUCUCUCUCCUAUGUGGUCUUCACCCCCUUACUAAACCCCUUGAUUUAUAGUGUACGUAACAAGGAGAUAAAAAGAGCUGUGGGCAGAUUUAUCAGAAGGAGAAUACAUUGUCGUUAG